GUUUUACUAAAGAGGAUGUAAUAACUUCAUAACUGAAUCCUUUGUAACUCUUUUUGUGACGUCAUGCUGCCUGCUGAGGAAGCGGCUAAAAUCUACCACACGAACUACGUGCGGAACGCUCGUGCCGUGGGCGUGCUGUGGACGGUUUUCACCAUCACCUUCGCGGUCAUCACAGUGGUGGUGUUCAUCCAGCCGUACUGGAUUGGUGACAGCGUGAACACGCCGCAGGCUGGCUACUUUGGCCUCUUCCACUACUGCAUCGGGAACGCGCUCACCUCUGAGCUGACCUGCAAAGGGAGCGCGCUGGACUUUGCGUCCAUCCCGUCCGGCGCCUUCAAGACGGCCAUGUUUUUCGUGGGUAUCUCCAUGCUGCUGGUGGUGGCCAGCAUCGUCUGCUUCAGCCUCUUCUUCUUCUGCAACGCUGGCAGCGUCUACAAAAUCUGCGCCUGGAUGCAGCUGGCCUCCGGUACAUGCAUGGUGAUAGGCUGUAUGAUCUAUCCUGAUGGUUGGGACUCGGAGGAGGUGAAGCGUAUGUGUGGCCAGCGAACUGACAAGUACACCCUGGGCAACUGCACGGUGCGCUGGGCCUACAUCCUGGCUAUUAUCAGCAUCAUGGACUCACUCAUCCUCUCCUUCCUGGCCUUCAGCCUGGGCAGCCGGCAGGACAAACUGCUGCCCGAGGACUUCCAGGUGGAAGGAAAAGGUAUCAGAGUGCAAUGAGGAAAACGCCUAACUCAGCUGUGAACAACGCAUGAAGAGAUGGACGGGAAUUUAAGAGGAAUAAUCUCGGUGAUGAAAUCUUUCUUCGGGAUGGGUGGAUCGGAUGCAGUGCAUCCAGAAAGUAUUCACAGCGCUUCACUUUUUUUCACAUUUUAU